AUGUCAGGGGCAGAACUCAGAAAACGACCACUGCCCAAAGUCACCAUGAGCACCACAAACGCCCUCACAACCCGGUCGGAGGCUAACCCGCGAACCGUAACGUGGCAGGAGAUUCCCGAAUGGCAGCUCGACAACGAGUAUAUCCUCGGUGGCCAUCGGCGAGAGAAAGCAGACUAUCUGGACAUCUUGACCAGCGUGACCUUUCUGCACAACGAGACUUACAAUGUACAUACUCAUCUCUCCGGGGCUGUCCUCCUCCCACUCGUCGCCGCUGCAUUCCUGCGGUCACUGCCCGAGCCUCAAUUUCUCAAUGUCUCGUCCUUGGACUACGCUAUGCUUGGAAUCUACUUCUGA